CUCAACCAAAGAGGUCCAACGCAACCCUCCACAACGAACGCCCUUCUAGAUUCCCAACCCAACUCAAGCUCGAACUCGGCCACACACUCACACCUACAGCUACUUCCCCCGCUCGGAAUACGCAACCCGCAUACUUGGAACAAUCUAGGCGGGGUCAUAUGGUAAGCUAAUGAGCGAACUGGACAAACGAGGCUUGGGGAAGGGGAAAAAAGAAAAAGUUGCAUUGGCACACACACACACAUAUACACAUAUCCGCACCGGACAGAGGCUCCUCCUUAUCCUUAUUUCUCUCAUCCUCCUGAUACGACACCCGCAAGGAAGAAAAGCCAUUCGACAUGUAUAUGUAUAUGUAGAUGUAUGUAUGUACCUCGCCUUGACCGGCACUCCCCUCAAUUUCAACAUUGGUUCCUGUCGUGGUCUGCGUUCCGCAGUUACAGGGGGUGUGGCGUGCACCGGAACCUUUUCCCCGGCAUUCCUUUUUACUUUUUUCCCCUUUCAUGUAGGUACUUUAGGCGACUAUUGUGGUUUUUACUUGUAUCAGUACCGUCUCUUACUACCACUCGAACGUCUUCGUAUUUACGUAGUGUACCUAGGUAGGUACAGUACCAGAUCUGGGUCGAGUCGGAGCUGGAAGGAAGCGGGGGAGAGCUGUGUAACGUCUGUAGAGGAAAAAAGGGUUACAAAGAUUUUGGCCCCAUCGCUGAGAAAGAACUGAGUGAGCUGGGUUGCUUUACUUUGUUGCGGGGAUUGAGUGCUGUGAGUAGCAUGUGUAGGGUCAAGAUUGAAACAUUGGCGAAAAGGAGAGCGAGAGCCAUCACCAACUUCCCCCUCAAGGGGAUUGCCUGCCCAGUUGCCGUAACCGGGAACCAUGGAUGUUUUGCUUCGUCUCGUGUCCGAAAAAUUUAACGAGCACUCGAUAGGUGGGCAGUCUAGGAUUUCGAAAUGUGGCCGCCCCAUCACUAGUCGGUAGAUGACAUUCUCGCCUCUACCGGGGCCAGGCUGUUUGGACC